GGUAUAAAGGGAGUCUCCUCCUGCCGGUGUUAUGGACGAGGCGGAGGUAGGCGAGGAGGAGCCCAGAUUUCAGCAGCCUCUGCCUCCUCCAGUAGCUGCCAGUUCGAGCGGAUGCGCCGAUGAUGGGAGCGGCUCGGGGGCCGAGAUGAAGAGAUUCACGCUCGGAGGCGGGGCUGCGCGCAAAAACUCCAACAACAACAACGAGCUGUGGCUCCUGCAGGACGAGGACUCCUUUAAGGGACCUCUGAGCGCCACUGACAGCGCCGCCUCUGUGUUGUUAUGCCCGAGGGAAGCGUCUGGCGGCCGGGGUGGCUCAGUGUCAGACCACAGAGGGGACACAGUUUCAGAGUCAAGCGUGACAGGAGCGGGGCCCGUUGGAAUGAUAUGCAACAAGAACGGAGACUGUAGACGGGACCCGACUAGUUCAGGGAGCCUGUCUUCUCUCAUAUCCAGACAAGAAAAGCAGGCAGAUGGAGCCGUAGGGAGUGAGGACGGAAAAGGGCAGGCAGGGGGGAUGGACGCUUCUGUCACUAUAGCGGGGUCCCUAACUCAGGGGACUGCCGGGACUGAGGUCAAGACCGCCGCAGCGACGGAGAAAAAGGACUCCAGAGUUUCCUUCUCCAGCGCCCCGACUGGUAAAGGUCACACCCCGAGUGUGCAGUCCAGAAACUCUGUCACUUUCACUAAAGCGGAGGACAGUUCACAGAUAGUUCCGGACGAUGGGGAAUCCAGGGGAAACCAGACGUACAUGCAGCGGCAGUUCAGCUCCAUGCUCCAGCCUGGAGUUAACAAAUUCUCCCUGCGCAUGUUCGGGAGCCAGAAGGCAGUGGAGAAGGAGCAAGAGCGGGUAAAAUCUGCGGGUAACUGGAUAAUCCACCCAUACAGCGACUUCAGGUUCUACUGGGACUUCACCAUGCUGAUGUUCAUGGUGGGCAACCUGAUCAUCAUCCCGGUUGGCAUCACGUUCUUUAAAGACGAGACAACAACACCCUGGAUCAUCUUCAACGUGGUCUCAGACACCUUCUUCCUUAUGGACCUGGUGCUCAACUUCAGGACUGGCAUUGUGUUCGAGGACAACACCGAGAUCAUCUUGGAUCCCAAGAAGAUCAAGAAGAAGUACCUAAAGAGCUGGUUUAUUGUGGACUUUGUUUCCUCCAUACCUGUGGAUUAUAUCUUCCUCAUUGUAGAGAAGGGGAUCGACUCGGAGGUGUACAAAACAGCUCGGGCCCUGCGCAUCGUCCGAUUCACCAAGAUCCUCAGUCUGCUGCGCCUCCUCAGGCUGUCCAGACUCAUCCGUUACAUCCACCAGUGGGAGGAGAUCUUCCACAUGACCUACGACCUGGCCAGUGCUGUGAUGCGAAUAAUCAACCUCAUUGCGAUGAUGCUGCUGCUGUGCCACUGGGAUGGCUGUCUGCAGUUCCUUGUCCCCAUGCUGCAGGAUUUUCCGUCCGACUGCUGGGUCUCACUCAACAAGAUGGUGAACGACUCAUGGAGCGAGCUCUACUCAUUUGCCCUCUUUAAGGCCAUGAGCCACAUGCUGUGCAUUGGAUAUGGCCGACAAGCUCCAGAGAGCAUGUCAGACAUCUGGCUGACCAUGCUCAGUAUGAUCGUGGGUGCGACCUGCUAUGCCAUGUUUAUUGGACACGCAACCGCGCUCAUCCAGUCUCUGGAUUCAUCGAGGCGGCAAUACCAGGAAAAGUACAAGCAAGUGGAGCAGUACAUGUCAUUCCACAAACUGCCGGCCGACUUCAGACAGAAAAUCCAUGACUACUACGAGCACAGAUACCAGGGCAAGAUGUUUGAUGAGGAGAGCAUCCUGGAGGAGCUUAAUGAGCCUCUGAGAGAGGAAAUUGUCAACUUCAACUGCCGUAAGCUGGUGGCCUCCAUGCCACUGUUUGCCAACGCUGAUCCAAACUUUGUGACAGCCAUGCUGACCAAACUGAGGUUUGAAGUCUUCCAGCCUGGUGACUACAUCAUUAGAGAAGGCACUAUUGGAAAGAAGAUGUACUUCAUUCAGCACGGAGUAGUGAGCGUCCUGACCAAAGGAAGCAUCGGCAUGAAGCUUAUGGACGGCUCCUACUUUGGCGAGAUUUGUCUGCUGACCCGAGGCAGAAGGACAGCCAGUGUGCGAGCAGACACCUACUGCCGUCUGUACUCUCUCUCGGUGGACAAUUUCAAUGAAGUGCUCGAAGAGUAUCCCAUGAUGAGGAGGGCCUUUGAGACGGUUGCCAUCGACAGACUGGACAGGAUAGGCAAGAAGAAUUCGAUCCUGAUGCACAAAGUCCAGCAUGAUCUCCAUUCUGGUGUUUUCAACAACCAUGAGAAUGAGAUGAUUCAGGAGAUAGUCAAAUAUGAUCGAGAGAUGGUUCAGCAAGUGGACGUACCACGGCAACGGGCUAUGUCCAUGACACCUCCUCUUUCUGGUGGGAUCUUUUCUCCUCCAGGUUCCUCCACUCAGCCUCGAGACUCGGCAAUCGCCACUCUGCAGCAAGCUGUGGCAAUGAACUUUUGUAACCCCAUGCAAGGAAACUCGGUGGGAGCAGGGACCUUACAGUCUCCUAGGAUGGUGAGGAGAUUCCAGGUGAUGCAGAGUGUAUCCAGUCCAGUCUCUGCUUCUCCACUACAGUCACAACUCCUUGCUCCUGGUGCCUUUGCUCCAGUCUUGGCCAGUCCCCCAGUGCAGAGUCCACUGGCUGCUGGAGGACAAUCAUUCCACUAUGGAUCCAGUGCGCUGGCUGGUCAUAUUUCAGGCUCCCAGCUGUCUCUGGUUCAGCAGUACAUAGCCAGUCCCACACACCGGCCCAGCAUGCAUAAGAGCACCCACUCUUUGCACCUGGGCAGCCUGAGCCAAGAUGUCAGGGCCCUGUCUGCCUCUCAGCCCUCAUUACCUCAUGAGGGGUUAGAACCAGCUGUCCCCAGUCCACCCCAGUCAACACAAGUUUCUUCCACUUCUAUUGGAGCCACUCAGACCCCAUUAGGCCCUGCCAGCAUUCGUAGCACAGUACCUCAUAGGGUGGUACUCCCCCACCAAAUGUCAGUGGGGGCCUUCCCUGUAGCAUCUUUGCCUGGUUCUGCACUUAGUUUUGCAGCAGGGGUUGGAGUAGGUAGCAUGGGAACAGGUCAGGGGGACACAGGACCACCUAAAAAGGACUCAAUAGGGAGCCUUCCAGAGACAGACCGCAUGAAGGUGAUAUCCAGGCUAUCCUCAAACUUGUGAUCUUAAACUGUUCUGGAAUAGUGACUGAAUGAGGAGCAUGAUUGCAGGAACAAGUUCCUCUUCUUUUUUUGAGUUUGACUAUCUGAAUGUAUGAAUGUUGAGCAAGUAGGGAGCAUCUGAAACAUUUGAAUCUAGUGACAUUUGAUUCUGCAACACUGAGAUGUUUCUACUCUAACAUGUAGUUGCACAGAUUCGUAGAGGUAAAGUAGAGUCUUUCACAACAUAGUCAACUAUAUUCUUCAAUGUCCUUUCAUUCACCUCAUAUAAUGCAAACCUCGGGUUGGAUGGUUAAAAAAACGUUAUUCAGGGACCCGCUUCAGAUAUCAGAAGUUGGAACUUCAUUGGUGUUUAUUUGCUGUAACUUCAAAAUACGCCAGUUCUCCUUUUAAACUGGUAAACGUUAGUCUUGGUGACAAAGUUUUAUUUAUGUUAUUGCUUUCCAACUAUCUUAGCGCCUUAUUGGUAAGCACAAUUUAAAAAAAAGAAAUAACCCUUUUUUGACAACUUUAUUACAAAAUGUAAAGCCAUGGUUCCCAUGGACUGUUACUAUGAAUGGAUUGCUGACAGUAUUUAAAAAUAAUUAUUUUACCUGGGUUUCAUCGAGGGAAAAUGUAAUACACAAAAGAAGUAAACCCCAAGCUCCUUAAAAGCAUAGUUUGAUUUUUUGUAGAUGGCCAUCAGAGCAAAUUUAGUUUAAAGAAGUAAUCAUACACAAGUUUCAACGUUACAGACUUUCAUUAGCUGCAUGAAAUAAUGCAGGUGAAAGGGUGUUUAGAGUGCUUUGCACUUCUCAGCGUUCCAUCCUGAUUAAUUAUAUUAACCGGGUACAGCGCUGUCAACAUAUUUUUGGAAGUCUCUAAUGUUGUGAGGCAAGUUUAGUCUACAGUGAAAGGGACCUUGGAGAGAUGAAAAAAUCUGUUAAUUGAUAUGAUUUCAUCAUAUCAAUUAUCAUUAUGUCCAUCUGUUUGCUGCCUACCACACAUACGAUAUAGACUACUCAAACACUCUUCAUGUAAUCCCACUACAAACGACCCAAACUAUUCGUUUAGGAUCACAGAGAAUAUGAAUCAUCCAUACUGGAACGGUAUGGAUGCAGCUGAUGACAGUUGGGGACAGUGGGACAAAUGGUCUUUUUCCAGACCAUUGAUUUGUACUCUUUUAUGCCCAUGUUUGUUCCCUUAAUAAAUCUAAAGAGGGUGAGUUUUCAACUCAACUUCACUAUGCACCUUGCUGUUUUGUUUUUAAAGUACAUAUUUAUUGGUUCAACAACACAUUUUCAGCCCUAUGGAAAUUGCUACUAUCAGCCAAAAAUGUUACAGUAAAUUAUGUAAAGUUCAACAAUUGCCUGAUUUGGUCAACAUUCUUAUAUCUGCUGGCUGUAUGAAAAGAUAAAAGAAAAGUAGUUUGUUUUGGACCUUUUCACUGAUUACUUACAGAUUUGAAGGAAUCCAAGUAAGCAGUUCCUGUUACCCAAACUUGAAUUGUAAUUCACUGCCAAUUACAGACUAAAAACUUAUUGCAGUUUAAUUGUAAAUUCAUCCUUUUCUAACCAUGAGUUUUUACUUGCCUUUAGUGGCUGUUUGGGCAAUGCAUCACUAUGCCAAAGUCAAUUCUCACAAAUAAUGGAUCUUGUGUUACUGCCACAAUUUAAAUAAACAGCCAAGGACAGCACUCAGCCUUUGCAGGAUGUAUAUGACUGUUUACCUCUGUCAUUGAUGCUUCUAUAAGAGUUCAUCAAAUGCCACUGAUUUUUGUCCAAAAGCAUUAGGAAGAAGAUCCUUUUCUCCUGGACCUGACAUUCUAUUCACCUCAGCUCACUAUUGCCUGAAUCAUUACAAGGUAAUGAUGAGUGGAAAAUGGAAUCCCUCAGACUUGUUUGGGUCCGUAAUUGUCAUUCUUCAACUGGAUUUCAUUAUACUGUGCCACUGAUGAGUUCCUUUCCUAUGAUUAUUUUGCAUUUCUGUCCUGUUUAUUCUACAUUCCUGCACAGUCAUCCAACUUAAGAGUUCCAAAUCAGACAAAGUAGACAGUUUUAAAGUAUUUUUAUACAAUGGUUUUUUUAGAACCUGUUGUGUUUUUGUUUCAUGAUCAAAUUAUGCCCCCCAGGAACUCAUUUGGGUCCUCCAACUUAAUUAAAACAGGCAUGUUAUGAGAAUUGUGUUUAUGUUACACUGUGUCCAGGGGGCAUUGGUCUGGGAUGGAAAAUGCAGUUUGUUACCAAAUUAGAUUUGAAUCCAUAAUUGAAACAAGGAUAAUGGAGUAUUGAAGAAGAAACAAAAAAGAGGACUUACUGGAAAAUAAUAUUUAACAUAUAUACACAUUCACUGGACACUUUGUUAGGCAAACCCGUUCAGUUGCCUACUAACACAAAAAGCAAGUCAAGCAAAGACAUGGCAGCAGCUCAAUGCGAUUAAGAAUCUCGAUGACUUUAAGAUGACUUGCUGGAGUUCAAACCAAGUAUCUAAAUGGGAAAGGAAGGGGAUUUAAAUGACUUUGAAUUUGGCAUAGAUGUCCGUGCCUGAUGGACCAGUCCAAGUUUUCCAGAAACUGUUGAUGUACUGGGAUUUUCAUACACAACCAUAUUUUGGGUUCAAAGAGAACAGUUGGAAAAAAAUAGUUGCGUAGAUGAAAAUGCCAGAGGACUGGUUCAAAAUGAUAGAAAGGCAACAGUAGCUUAAAUACCCACCUGCUGCAACCAAGGUAUGCAGAAUACCAUCUCUAAAACCGACAACAUGCUGAACCAGAAGCAGAUGGGCUACAGCAGCAGAAGACCAAAUAAGGUGACACUCCUGUUCACUAAGAACAGGAAGCUGAGACUGCAAUUUGCACAGGCUCACCAAAAUUGGACCUCUGCACAGAUUAGAAAAUUGCUUUCAGCUGCAACAUUCUGAUGGUAGGGUCAGAAUUUCUCUUAAACACCAUAAAAAUGAGGGUCCAUCCAGACUUAUAUCAAUUUUGGAACACUUGGUACCAAUUGAGCAUUGUUAAACAUCACAUCCUACCUGAGGAUUAUUAUUAACUAUGUCCAUCCCUUUAUGACCACAGUGUACCCAUCGUCUGAUGGCUAUGUCUAGCAGGAUAUUUUGCCAUGUCACAAAGCUAAUGACAUUUCAGGCUGAUUUCUUGAACAUUAGUUCACUGUGCUCCACAGUGGCCUCCAUUGUAACCAGAUCUCAAUCCAAAAGAACAACUUUGGGAUGUUGUUGACCGAGAGAUUUAUAUUAUGGGUGUGCAGCCAAUACAUCUGCAGGGACUUGAUCUAUCAUGUCAAUAUAAACCAAAAUCUCAGAUCUGACGCUUUGUUCAAUCUAUGCCACGAAGGAUAGAUGCGAAAGCAAAAAGGAGCUCAACCUGGAACUAGCAAGGUGUACCAACUAGAGUGGACAGUGAAUGUAAAUUCAGAGCCCGGGAACUGACAUGGGAAAAAACAAAAUAUAAAAUGCGCACGAAAUAUUAUUUCAUACCGACGAAAUACUGAUUCGUUCUCAUGAAGUAGGCAUCAAGGGACCUGUGUUGCAGGAGAUGUGUAACUCGUAAGUGAUGGCGCUCAGUGUACGAUGGGUGUGUAAAUAUGUAUGGGUAUGUCCCAAUUCAGGGGCUGGAUCCUUCGAAGGACCCGGUCUACAUGGGCUGGGUGCUUCGUCAACUGCUAAAACCACGGAGGCUGGAAGUGAGGAGCUGCGAAUUGGGACGGUCUAGCCGCUACCGGGAAGGUUGUUGAGGCAAGCCGGCAGUUACUACGGCGGGAGCGGAAAACUCCAAACACGUCGGAGCACGUUUGAAAUUAAGCGAUGUCUUGAUAAAUCAAGCAGAUAUUUCACGUCUACACAGUUAUAUUCCCACACU